CAAAACAAAAGGAUUAAUUUGCUUCACUGGCUUUUGUACAAUUAAAUCGUCUUCGUCGUCCUCGUCUACUUUUUCUUCCUCUUUCUCUUCUGUUGUUUUCGCGACAAUAUCUACUGUUUGUAGCUUUUGAAGACGCCUCAACGCUCUAGAGGACAUUUUUGUUUCGCUCACUUGAGUUUUCCUUAUUGAUUUAGCAAUGAAGGCCAUCUAUAUACUCCUACUAUUUUUGGCCAUUGCUUCGUGUGUAAAUGCCAAUACAGAAAUACUUCGUUUCACUACUAAGAACAUAGCACAACUAUGUACUGAGGAAUACGAGAUCGCUUCUGAGCAUGAUGUUUUGGAUACAGCGUCGAUCUUAACACCACCGUUUACUAAACUUCAAGCUAAAAUAGUACCUGCAGACGAUGUGCAACUAUACAAGCUUCAAAAUUUGACGGAGGGGUCUAGCUACGAACUUCGAAUAUCUUAUCCAGCAAUCACACCAGCCGAUUUUACAAUGAGAAUAACCCAACUGUGUCGAUUAAAUAGAAACGUAGGCAGUGUUGAGGGAUUGAUUAAGUUGACAGCCGUGUACACAGGCAUAUCUUCAAUAAAGGAUAUGGACAAAAACCCAGUAGUAUACAAUUUAGGUAUGCCAUAUCUGAUGAUGUUUGCUUGCAGUAGCCUAAAUUGAUGCCUUUAUUUCCACCAAAAAAAAAAAAAAAGUACUUGAACGUCUUUAUUUAGGCUUCCUAUUUUAUCAAGCAUACAAGAUAGUUAUCGCUAUUGUCACUAUGAUUGUUGUGGGCUAUUUUGUAUUUGUACCCUUUCUCAAAAGCUUCCUUACCCAACAACUAAAAAAAUUAGAACAGCACGAGAGCAAUAAAUGUCAUUAAAGAAGUAGAAACAGAGCCUGGAACUUUAAUUCGAACAACCACUAUUAGCCAAGG